AUGGGUAACCUAGACAACCGGGAUUGCUCACUGCCUGCAACAUCUUUUCGGAGGCGGCGGCUGGCACGGAGGCCAGGCUACAUGAGAAGCACAGCUGGGUCUGGGAUCAAGUUUCUCUCUCCGGCAGUGGGCUCGCAAUACUGUGUCCUGGGAGGGGCAGGCAACCAGGGGUUCCACAAUUUGGAGUCCAGUGCUGAAACCUGUGGCCACUGGCAAGGCCCUAAGGUAGGAACUUCUGUCCCCAAGAGCACAGAAGAUCCUCCUGUGAUAUCCUGUUUAGGCUUGACUCAGAUCUCUGUGAGAGGAACCUCACCAUGCUCAGAAAUUCAGCUCCAAGCUGGCACCAGACUGCCCGACAGGCUAACUGGGCCAUGUGGCCCUGCAGACACCAGAUGUUGGCAAGAAUUUUCAUCCAUGGACUGUACUGAGACCCUAGGCCCUAAGCAGGAUGCAGCCUGUGGGAAAGGUACAAGGGAACCCCAGGCUGCAAGCUCUUUGACACCAUCAGCAGUGAGCAGGAACAGCUGCAGCCUCCGAAACAACCUGCAAGCUCCUGCAGCCCCUCCUGGUCCUCAGGAUGUUUUUGCCUCCAGUUUUAGUUUCAUUCGGCAAUCUCUUGGCUCUGCUGGGGAACGUGGAGAAGCAGAGGGCUGUCUGCCAUUCAGACAGCCUGAGUCCUCUCAUCAAAGCCCUCAGGAGAUGAAAACCAAAGCCUCCAGCUUAGACACACCUCAUGAGGAUUCUCCAUGUCUCUCUCAGCCCUUCGACCUUCCAGUUCCUGGGGGCUCUGCAGAUGCAGCCCAGGUGGUGGAGAGCAGCUCUCGCCCAGAACAUGCGAUGUUUUCUUCAAUGGACAAAGACCAUGAUUGCUCCUAUUUGCCAGCUUCCUUGAUGGCUGACUGUCAUGGUGAAGGACACAGUGGCUCAGUGAAUGCCCACCAGUGGACUGCACUGCUCAGCAAAUGGGAACCUGCUUUGCAGGACUGCUUGUCAAGCAACCAGAGGAAGCUGGAGGUGACACUGUUAAGAUUAAAGCUUCAGAAACUUCAAGACAAAGCAGUUCAGGAUGAUGAUUAUGAUAAAGCUGAGAUACUGAAAAGAAGACUGGAAGAUCUGGAGCAGGAGAACAGCUGCCUGCACUUUCAGCUCCCUUCCAGGCAACUGGCUCUGAGCAGCUUUCUGAAGCACCUGGCAACGCAGACCCAGGUUGCCUGGCGCCAGGCCAUCCAACAGGCCGGCAGUGGUGAUGACACGCAGGCCAUGUGUGGAGCAGAGCCGCGUCUGUUGGAACCCAUGGCUCGGGAGAGCCUGUGCCCAUCCCUCACCAGGCGGGACUGGCUUCUGCAGGAAAAGCAGCAGCUCCAGAAGGAAAUUGAAGCUCUUCAAGCCAGGAUGUCUGUGCUGGAAGCCAAAGAUCAACAGCUGCGACAGGAAAUAGCUGAGCAGGAGCAGCAACUCCAGUGGCAGGGCUGUGAUCUGACUGCCCUGAUGCGGCACCUCUCGCCCAGCCAGCUGCAGGACAUCGGCAUGGCCUUGCAGGACACCCUGGCUUCAGCCAGGCAGGUCCCUUUCUGUGUGGAGCCUCCUGAAAGCAUAAAGAGCCUCCAGGAAAGGAUAAAAUCUCUCAAUUUGUCACUUAAAGAAAUCACUGCUAAGGUGUGUAUGAGUGAGAGACUCUGCAGCACUCUGAGGAGGAAAAUGAGUGAUAUUGAAACCCAACUGCCAGCCUUGCUUGAAGCCAAAAUGCUUGCUGUAUCAGGAAACCACUUCUGUACAGCUAAGGAGCUCAUGGAGGAGAUUCAGUCACUAGCCAUGGAGAGACAUGUGCUGGAGGGAGUCCUCAACAAGCUGUUGAUGCUGAGUUCCAGGAAUGUCCAAACACUGGGAAGUGUUAAGGAGGAUUACACCAGAUUGAGGAGAGACUUAGAGCACCGGGAAGCUGCCUACGAAGUAAGUGUGAAGGAAAAUGUUGUGAAAUACAUGGAAAUCCUUGAGGAUAAACUAAGUAGCUGCAAAUGUCCACUGCUGGGAAAAGUGUGGGAAGCUGACUUGGAAGCUUGUCGAAUGCUUCUCCAGAGUCUGCAGCUCCAGGAAGCCAGGGGCAGCCUGCCUAUGGAAAAUGAGGGGCAGAUGGAUGACGUAGAACAAGCUACCUCAACAGUUGCUGGCGCCAUCCCUCCCAGUUCUUAUUCUGAAGAGGACAGGAAGAUCCCAUUGCAGCCUCUCCAAGAGCAGAAGACUCAGUCCCCUCAUCCUCACUGCAAAGGAGGUGAACAGAAAGAGGAAUGUUACAUUCUUUCUGCAGAACUUGAACAAAAGUGUGAUGCCAUAAGCAAGAAGUUACUGUACUUGGAAGAUGAACUUCACACUGCAAUCUACAGCCAUGAUGAAGAUCUCAUCCAUAUCCUUUUCAUUUCAUAAAGCACCUGCAAGAAUA